CCAGUUUCGUUUCUCCGAGUGCGGGUUCAUUUCUGGCUGUCGAGGCGGCUGCGGACGGGGCGAUGGCAGCGCUGGAGUCGGAGCCGGGCCUGUCGGGGCUGGAAGAGGAGCUCACCUGCUCCAUCUGCCUCUGCCUCUUCAGCAGCCCCGUGACGGUGCCCUGCGGGCACAACUUCUGCGCCUCCUGCCUGGAGCUGACCUGGGCCGGCCUCUCGGGGGGCUUCAGCUGCCCGCAGUGCCGCGCCACCUUCGCGGGCCGCCCGCAGCUGCAGAAGAACACGGUGCUGUGCCGGGUGGUGGAGCAGCUGCAGGGCCGCGCUGAGGCCAAGGGCGAGGAGCAGGAGGAGGAGAACGGCGAUGGGGAGGCGGGGAGGUGCUGGGCGCAGGAGCCCCCCGUGUCCUGCGACAGCUGCCAGGAGGCGCCGGCCGUGCAGACCUGCCUGACCUGCACCGCGUCCUUCUGCGCCGAGCACCUGCGGCCGCACCGCGACAGCCCCGCCUUCCGCGACCACCAGCUCUGCCCGCCGCUGCGCGACCUGCAGCAGCGCAAGUGCCCCCAGCACAACCGGCUCUUCGAGUUCUUCUGCAGCAUGCACGGCGCCUGCAUCUGCUCCCUCUGCCUGCUCGGGCACAAGCUGUGCCCCACCAGCCCCUUGGAGCAGGCGAAAGCCGCUGCCCAGUCGGUGCUGAAGAAAAAACUCAUGGAGCUGCAUAACCAGAGUGAGAGAACUGCCCGGGCAAUGAGCACGGUGAAAACAAACCAGAGCCAAUCCUCUGAGACAGCUUCAAGAAAGAAGGGAUUGAUCAGAAAUGAGUUUUCAGAAAUAAAAGCUGUAAUUGAAGAACGAGAAAACGAGAUCAUGAAAGCAAUUACAGAGGAAGAAAAGAGAGUUUGGAAUAAGCUUGAUUAUAUUUACAGUGUUCUGGGAAAUAAGAAGAAUGAAAUUCAGUCUCUCAAAGAUCAGAUUGAGAUGGCACUGACUGAAAAUGAUGAUGUUCUGUUUUUGAAGAGAGCAGCAGCACUGCAAAAAACAUCAACAAAAGAGGCUUUCGUUCCUGUAGUUGAAAUGGACCAAACUGUGAUGCAUUCCACUUACCAGGCUGCCAUUCUCCUCAAAGAGAGUGUGAAAAUUUCAGUGAUGCAGAGUAGGGACAAAAAAGAAGAAGCCAAACUUGUGAAAACUAAGGUCCCUCCAGCAGCUCAUCCAAACAAACCCUUUGUUGGAAAGAAGCCCCAUGAGCCACAUCAGACCCACAAAGGGAAAACCGUUCCUCCAGCUCAAACCACUUCACAGGUGGAGACAGAUACCAAAGAGAAAAAGAAAGCUGCUAAAGUUGCACCAACCACCACACCUGCAGCUGUUCCUGCUUCUAGUAAAGAGCUCAUGGACAGCUUCCUGAAGAAACCCAGAGAGGAGCUCUUGCAGUAUGCUGCCAACAUCACGCUGGAUUACAACACAGCUCACCACACCCUGGUUCUGUCUGAGAACUACACCAGGAUGUCCGUCUCGGACACCUCCACUGCUCACAGGCACCACCCCCAGCGCUUCACCGACUACCGCCAGGUGCUGGGCUUCCAGUGCUUCAAGAGGGGCGUGCACUACUGGGAGGUGCAGCUGCAGCAGGGCAGCUUCUGCGGGCUGGGCGUGUGCUACGGCAGCAUGGAGCGGCACGGCCCCGACAGCCGCCUGGGCAGGAACUGCAAGUCCUGGUGCAUCGAGUGGCUCAACUCCAAAAUCUCCUCCUGGCACAACGAUGUGGAGAAGUCCCUGCCCAACACCAAGGCUACCAAGGUUGGGGUGCUGCUCCACUGUGACGGGGGCUUUGUGAUGUUCAUGGCGGUGGGGGAGAAGAAUAACAACGUGAUCUAUAAGUUCAAAGCACAGUUCACUGAAGCCUUGUACCCGGCCUUCUGGCUGUUUUCCAGUGAUGCUGUUCUCUCUCUCUCUCACAUGAAGGGGUAAGAUCUUGUAUCUCAGUUUAGUCCCUUUGCAGCACAGAUAAUCUGUCUCAAAGAUUGAUCGUUUGAUACAAAAAUUAUCAUCUCUUUUAAGCAGUCUAGGAAAUCUGCCAAUUCUUUGGUCUGGAUUGCUAAAGCCAUUAGGUAGUGAUUUAGCAAAAUGGUGAUAGUAAAAACUACAAUGGUUUGCAAAGGUCUUGAUUGCUCUAAAAUCAAAGUUAUGAUGCAAAUCCUUGUUAAAUGUCUUCAGUGGCCCCUGUGGUUUUCUGUAAAGAAGCAACAGAAUUCAUGUGUUCCACGGGUAACAGUAACUCCUUUGAGAAAAACAGGAAGAAUUCCUUGACAAAUUCAGGCUUUGAGGGAUGUCUCACUGUGCCUUUUUGCCCAUGCACAGACUGUUGUCCAUACAGGUGUUCUCAGUGUAUGACUCCACCAGAUGCUACAGAAAGAGCUGUUAAAAUCCCUCAGUUCAGGUCUUAUGGCUCUGAGUUAUAAAAGCCAAUAUGACAAAUCUCAUCAGAAUGGAACUGCAGAGACUUCUAGAAUUGAUGGGAAAUAAAUGGUCUUAGAAUCAUCAGGAAACAAAUGACAUAAGCCCAGACACUGAGAAUACACCAGAGCGUUGUCAGGAAGACAUUCUGCAGACCAGUGGUGUGCAUCCUGUGAUGAAGAUUGUGGGAUGAAGCAUUCUGUGUCAUUUUGUGACCCAGAACAUGUUUCACAUCUUCACACUGAAGGCUGGAUUUUUUUGUGUGUGCGGAGGAGUUGAGGGGAGGCAUUCCUGGUCUCAGGUCUCCUGUCAUAAAGCUUUUCCUCUUUAUGAGGUGGGAAUAUUUUCUGCUGGUGUAUCUUUAGCUUAAAGCAGGGUCUCCUGUCAUAAAGCUUUUCCUCUUUAUGAGGUGGGGUGUUCUCUGCUGGUGUAUCUUUUGUUGUUCAGGUGGUAGAAACUGGAUUUCUUGCCUGUUUUUGGGACUCCAAUUUGAGGAGUCUCAAGACAGAGUGCAAAUACCUAGAAAAUGCUGGUUCCUCUCUGCAUGAAGGCUGUGGGCAGACUGGGUGAGUCUUUUGACAUACAGAGAAUUAGCACAAAGGAGGAUAUACAUCCAUUCCUCCUGGGAUGGAGUUUUAAUUCUUCUGGUGUUCUUUGGAUUGUGGUAUGUCUUCAGAAGUUCUCACCAGGUACAGAGAAAUCUGUACUUCUUUCUUACAACUUUAAAACAAUCUGUAGGCAAUCAAGGUAUUUGGAUCUCAUAGUUAUUGGGCCUUUACCUUGUUGGACUUCCUGUGCCAGCUCUUAUGUCUUGUAGCCCAUGGGAAGCUCACACGAGAACCUUCCUGGACUUGGAUUUGUAAAACUCCUUUACAGGACCUGGUGAAAUAGAAGACAAAGCCACUGCUGGCAGGGAAUUGUUAGAAGGCUUAAAAGAACCUCUGUGACUACAUUCCACAUUAGCCAAAGUGCUUUGGAGAGAGGUUUCAGGAUUUCAGACUUGGUAUCUCUAUUUUUACUUGGUUUGUAAACUCUUAGUACUUUGUCAAGGAUAGCACAAGUCUCAUUUCUUCCAAUUUUUUGGUCAGAAUGAGAUGUGGAAUUUAUGGUGGAUCUAAAAGUGCCAUGGCUGUCUUUGGAGCAGUUCUACUCUCUCAGGGGUCUCUGUUUUCCAAAGCACAGUCAGCACUAAAAUUCCCAGCCUGAGCAGAAUGCUGCAAAAGGUGCAGAAGGAGGAUGUGUCCUACUGGGAGCCAACAAUGGAUGACAAACUGGGUUUUCUGCUCUUUCAGUUUUUCAGCAGUGAAAGGUAAGAGCAGUUCCCUCUGCUGCUUGGCUGUGCCACAGGGCUGCAGGUCCACUCAGCAGGGUGCUGAAGGAGUUCUCUGUCCCCUUGGUUGUGGGCAGAAACGUGCUUCAGCAGUCUGUGCAGUGGAGAAAGUCCCAUCCUCUGUUCCUUGCUUCUUGACUUUAAAGAGGUGUCAGUACUGAUCUCUGAGUCUAUGGGCUUCUGUGGCCAUAGUCUAGAGGGACACCCAAACAAAGUAAAGAGCAGCUUUUAUUCUGCCUCGUUGGACAACGUGGGAUUCUUGACAUUGACACUGGUAUAGGACUAAGCAUGUGGAACACAUGAGGCGCCCUGCAUUACCAGGCAGUGAAACAAGCCUUCUGCUGGGCUCCUGAACCUCUGUCCUGCUUUCUUUUGUGCUAUGAAUGACUAGAAGUCACAGAGUGAAGCUCUGUUAAUUUGGAAUUCACAGAAUCACAGAGUAUUCUGAGUUGGAAGGGACUCACAAGGAUCACUGAGUCCAGCUUUUAAGUGAAUGACCUGUAUGGGGGUGGAAAUGGUGACCUUGGCAUUCCCAGGACCAAUCUCUGCCCUUCUGAGAAACAUUGGUUUGGAUAGCUUCAGGUACCUUGCAUAUAUUGGAGCACUAGUGUGAUAUAACUAUUACAACUAGUAAUAAAUGUUAGUGUGUUUAGGAAAAAUGCCAGUUACUGCAUGAUAGAUGAUAAUUUUAAAAGCUUUUCAACACAACUGAAGUGAUUUUACUCGGGCAGUACAUGUCAGAGCUGCGUUGGUUUUAAACAAGAUAUAUAGAAGCAUAUAUUUUAAUGUAAUUCUCUUUUUAGUAUUAAAAAGAAAGCUUAAUCUAGAAAAAGAACUAAUUGUGGUGUUAAUGCUAUGAGGUGCAUUGAUUUGCAUUUUAACGUACAAGUGAGAGCAAAUGAAAAAAACAGUUGCUGAAUGAAAUUGAAUGCUUAAUCUUUUCUUCAAUUAAAGACAUCAGUAAAAUAGUAUAUUUAGAAAAAGAAAUGCUUAUCCAGUAAUAAACCUGUUGAUUAUAUUGGUACAUCAACCCUGUACUUCAGGCUGUGUGUGUUGUUGUUUGUAGCUGUGCCAGCCACACACAAGCAGGGCCACCACCAUGGGUUUUGUGCCACCUGGUUCAUGUGCCUGUGACCACUCCAGGAGCUGGCUGGUGAAUGGUGAUGGCUUGAAUUCAAUAAAUACUCACAGUAAACCCUAACUCUGAAUGUUCUGUUCUCUGUCCAGGGUCAAAGCAGGGAGGGAGGCACAAGUGAAGACACAACAGAGUACAAAGGACUCUUUUAGUGCAUCACUCACUGGGUUAUGGGAGAGCUGGGGAAGGGGCAGGCAGAGCUGUGGUGUACUCUGGACUGG